AUGCAGCUGAAGGAGUGGCUUCGUGUUCUCCGUGUGAUUGCUGUGGUCACUGCAAUCAAAUUCAUCAUGAUUCCAUCGUAUCACAGCACGGACUUUGAAGUUCAUCGAAAUUGGUUAGCCAUCACGCAUUCCCUUCCAAUCUCGAAAUGGUAUUAUGAAAACACGUCAGAAUGGACAUUGGACUAUCCUCCCUUUUUUGCAUGGUUCGAGUAUUUGCUUUCUCAAGUGGCCGAAUGGUUUGACCCUGAAAUGUUAAAAGUGGAGAAUCUCAACUAUGCAAGUGCGAAAACAGUUCUAUUCCAACGAUUAUCCGUGGAAGCGACCGAUUUCGUGUUGAUCGGCACACUCAUCUACUACUUUUUCUUCCCCCGCGUCACUUCCUUCCGGUCUUCGCUUCUUUUCUUUUCCCUCUGCGUGUUUGCUCCCGGCUUCCUCAUCGUAGACCACAUCCACUUCCAAUACAACGGCUAUUUAAUCGGCCUUUACCUUCUUUCCAUCGUUCUUCUCUUCUUUAACCAUCCGCUGCUCGCCGCGCUUUGUUUCUCCUUCACCAUGAAUUCAAAACACUUAUUCUGCUUCCAAGCGCCCAUCUUCUUCGUUUUUUUGUUGAAAACCUACUGCAUUGGCGGGAAGCUUUCCCUCCAACGUUUCUCUCUUCGCUUCCUCCUUCUUGCCGCCAUCGUUCUUCUGACCUUCUUCGUUUCUUUUUAUCCCAUUAUCCGAAACGACCCAAUCGCCGAUUUCUUACAAGUUCUUUCGCGUCUUUUCCCUUUCCAGCGAGGCUUGCUGCACGCUUAUUGGGCGCCCAAUUUCUGGGCGUUGUACGCGGGGAUCGAUCGUGUUGCCGGCUUUGUGAUUCGAAAAGCGUGUGCACUGGGCUGGCUUUGUGGAAUUCCAGUAAUGGAGGGGAAUUCGGCGGAUGGGAAAGUGGGGUUGGUGCACUUCGCGGUGCUCCCUGAAAUCUCGUCGAUGCAGACGAUGGUGCUGAUCGCGGCGGUCUACGCACCGAUCUUGUGGACUCUGUGGAAGCGACCGAGCGGCGAGAUGUUGAUUCGAUGUAGGAAGAGCGAGAGGCUUUUUUUAAUGCGCUCUAGGCUCCGUUCUAUCCACGCUGAGCUAUUUCUUGUUCGGCUGGCACGUGCACGAGAAGGCCAUUCUUCCCGUGCUCGUUCUGCUCGGCCUGCUGCUUCCUCGCUCUGCGGAGGACGCCAAGAUCUUCUGGCUGGCGAGUCUAUCGGGCACCGUGGGCUUGUUCCCGCUGCUCUUCACGCUCCGCGACGAAAUCACGGAGUUUCUGCUCACCGCGAGCUAUCUGUGGAUCAGCUGGAGCCUGCUGCGCGCGCAGUUCGGAGCCGCGUGGAGCGCUGCGUUCGGGCGGAUCGACGUUGCGGUGAUCGCUGGGAUUCUGGGCGCGGUGGGGUUCGCGACGUGCGUGUGUCCGAUCUGGUUCAACAGAAACUACCCGUUCCUCCCCUUGAUGGCGAUUUCGCUGAGCUGCGCGCUGGGGAACCUGCUCGUGUUUCUCGAGAGCUUCCAACAAACACAAAAACCAAAGCAAGAUUGACUUGA